UUGACUGUAUCGGAAUGUAGCCUGGUAAAAUAGCCCUGGGGCGACACUUUCUCUAGCUCCGGCUCCCUUUCGUUUUCCACCUCACUCGCUCUCUGUCUGAGGCGCACUUGCGCAACAGAGAGGAGAGCCGCGGAAAGUCUGCUCGACAACUUUUCUCACCUCCUGUGAGAGCUGCCGAGCGAAAGCAAGGGAGGGCAGCGUGAGUGAGGAGGCGGGAGGGAAACCCAUGACUUCCGUAUUUUUCCUCUCUCUGAAAGCGUGCUCAGGGAUCUGCUGUAUAAAAGCAGCAAUGCUACCGAGAGCCGCCACACUCUUUAAAAAGCCCAGGACCGAGCUGCGGUGACUAACAAAACGGACUAAUCCUCUGGAGCUAACUGACCCAUCUGGAGCUCCCACUUUGAUUUAAUUUUUUGGUGUUUUUUUUUUUUCCUUUUAUAACUUUUUUUUACUACUUGCAUUUGCACGCUUCGGCGUUUUCUAAGAGAAUCAAUGGAACAACAAAGCAAUCAAGUGGACGUGGAGUCUCUCCGCAGCAGCGCGCCGCGGCGUGGGAGCUGCGUGGAUGUCUUACUCGGCGCGUCCAUCCUGAUUCUGUUCGUGGCGGUGACAGGUCUGGCUGUCGGUGGGAUGCUGGUGACGAAGGAGCUGCGCGCCGAGCUGCGCUCCGCGUCCCAGCCGACCCCCGCAUCUCCGGUCCAACUUUCGGCUAUCAGCGAUUCACCUUCUUCCGCUUACAAGAUGCACAACUUUGCUUACUUGAAACCCACAAAGAGUGCGCUGGAGAACUGCACAAUGCCUUGGACCUCCGUCAGCUAUGAUGAACGGACGUCUCUCGGAAGCAACUUCGAGUACAACUCCCUGAAGCAUUCCCUGAAACCAAAAAAGAAAGGGGUCUAUUUCAUUUACAUCCAGGUCACUGUCAGCUGUACCCACCAUUGCAAAGCAGGUGUCCUCAAGCUGGAGUUGCACAACAAACUGACCUGCAAUGUGGAGCUUACAGCUGAUAUAGAGAAAACACCAGUGAGCAAAAAGUGCUGGACUGUGAGCCACCUGGAGAGCCAGGACCUGACCACACAAGUGACUGUGCCAGAGGAAGGACUGAAGAACUGGCGUCUGGAACUGAACAGCUCAGGUCUUGGAAUGUUUCUCAUAGAGUGAUGUUUCUGUGGCUGCAGUUGCCCGGAAGAAGACGGGAUCCUGACCUGUGGGUAGUAACCCACUAAUGUUAACACCUGAGAGUUCUUUGUGUAAGCUCAGGAAGGUGGAAAGGGCUGGUAGUGGUACCAGUCAAGAGCUGGGCUGGGGAUUUUCCCCACUGAAGAUCCAAGAGAAAGAGACUUUGCAGCACUGCAAGGUGAAAUCUUGGUACAAUUUCCGCUCAUAACGUCAACUAAACGUGUAAAAGCCUUUCAACCAACCCAGUUUUUUGUUUUUUUUUUGCGUAUGUAUUUUUUUUGCAGUGUAUUUAUUUAAUGUUUUAUUUAUGUACUUAUAUUUAUAACGCUGUGGGAUUUUAUUUUGUUGUAGAUGCCACUACAUUUGUCUUGAUGUGCAAUACAUGUCGGAGUCAGUGGGACUUUAUAGCACUGAUUUGGUUCACUUUUGAACUUUGGGGAGUUUAACGUUUAAAAAAAAGGUGCAAAUCAGCACUAAGAACAGCGAAGAGUAACAGACCUUCAGGGAAACAAAGCUAUGUAAUCAUGAUCCGCGUGAUUAUGGAUGAGACGCAUUCCAUGUGGAAACUUAUAAGCUAAGAACAUGUUCUGCUUAUGAGAUAAAUGUAAGUCCUAUGGACAAACUAUUCAGUCUUGAAUGUAUUUCAUUGUAAUCCAUAUUAAAUAUGGAUAUAAAGUUCUUUGGUUGUGAAAAAUAAGAAAAAACAAAUAAAAAUACAAAUGUGA